AUGGGUGUCCUAGGAUGUCAAUUACCAACUUCCACCACAUGUUCGAGGUGCAAUGCGCGAUUAUUCUCCCGAGAGACAUUUAGUAUGUGUUGCUUUGGUGGAAAAAUUGUUCUACCUCAUAUACAAUCUCCACCAGAAAUGCUGGCUCUUUUCUCUGACCAAACAACUGAGGGCAGACUCUUCAGACAAAACAUUCGUGACUACAACAAUGUUUUUUCAUUCACUUCAAUGGGUGUAUAUGUUGAUGAAAGAAUAAAUUUUGGUGGACGUGGAAUUUAUACCUUUCGUGCACAAGGUGCAAUAUAUCAUAAGAUUGGUGGACUUUUACCCAAUGAUGGUACUACACCACGAUUUCUACAGGCUUACAUAUACGACACCGAGCAUGAAGUUGAAAACAGAAUGACUCAAAGUGAAGUUUUAGAUAGAAUUGUGGUUGAGAAGAUACAACGAAUUUUGAAUCAACACAAUCCUUUUGUGCAUACAUUAAGAAGUCUCGGACAGCUCCAAGAUUUGCCAAGGUGCAGGCUCAUUAUAAAAGAGCAACCUUCUGAUCGACGUCAAUACAAUUUACCAUCGGCAUCACAAGUUGCUGCAAUUAUAGUAGGAGGGGAUGAUAUGGUGAAUCGAAAUGGAAGAGAUAUUAUUGUUGAGACAAUUAGUGGAAGACUUUGGAACGUCCAAGAUUGUGUUGGAUUCUAUGACCCACUACAAUAUCCAUUAUUGUUACCGUACGGAACAUAUGGGUGGGAUAUUAAUACUCAUGAUGAUAACGGAAGAGGUGUAUCAUGUUGCGACUAUUAUGCUUACAUGUUACAGAUACGUGAGGGUGGAUCAUCACUUUUGCUUCGAGGGGGUCGUCUCUUACAACAAUAUAUUGUAGAUAAUUACGUAAAAAUUGAAUCUCAGAAACUUAGAUGGAUGCGUUCAAAUCAAGAAAAAAUACGAGCUGAGCUUUACCAAGGACUCCAAGACUUUUUAAAUAGAGGGGUGAAUAAUGCAGGUAACAUCGGUUGUAGAACCAUUCUGCCAUCAUCCUUUGUUGGAAGCCCCCGUGACAUGUACCAACGGUAUCAAGAUGCGAUGACUUUGGUUCAAAGAUUUGGCAGGCCAGAUCUAUUUAUUACCAUGACAUGCAACCCAAAUUGGGAAGAAAUUAAGAGAGAAUUACUCCCUGGAAAAACGCCACAAGAUCGUCCCGACUUGCUCACUAGAGUAUUUCGUGCAAAAUUGGAGGAACUAAAAGAAGACAUCAAUGGGAAAGGGGUAUUAGGUACUGUUGUUGCUUAUGCAUACGUUAUUGAGUUUCAAAAACGGGGUCUUCCACAUGUGCAUAUGUUGGUUGUGUUAGAUGAAGAUGAUAAGCUCAAUAACCUUGAUGAUUAUGACCAAAUUGUUAAAGCUGAAAUACCAAACGAACAUGAAGAGCCUCAACUUUACAAUGUGGUAUUAAAACAUAUGAUUCACGGUCCAUGUGGAAUUCAAAAUCCAAAAUCUCCCUGUCCAGACAGAGUGGCACUCGAGGUUCAACCAGAUCCAGUUUGUGAUGAAAUACGACAGUUUGUUGAUGCAAGAUGGGUUUGUGCACCAGAGGCGUUGUGGAGGAUAUUCAAGUUUGUAAUCAAUCGGAUAUACCCAACUGUGGAGCGCUUACAAAUACAUCUUCCUAAUAUGCAUCAAGUUCGAUUUCAAUCUGACCAGACUAUUGCAAAUAUUCUGAUAGACGAGAGACUUAACAAGACAAUGCUCACUGAAUUUUUCACUUUGAAUCGUAAUGAUGCAGAAGCAAGGAGAUAUUUGUACAGGGAGAUCCCUGAGCAUUAUAGAUGGAUUCGUUCUGAAAGACUUUGGUCUAAAAGAAAGAAUCGUCUCAGGGUUAUUGGGCGAAUAUAUACAGUCUCACCAGCUGAAGGUGAGAAAUUUUACCUACGCGUACUUUUGAAUCAUAUCAGAGGAGCCACAUCAUUUCUAAAUUUAAUGACAGUUGGUGGCGUUUUGCAACCAACGUUUAAGGAGGCAGUAGAACAACAAGGUUUGUUAGAAGGAGACGAUAGUAUUCGACAAUGUUUGUUUGAGGCCUCUACAAUUCGGAUGCCAUCGGCCUUAAGAAGAUUAUUUGUCACCAUUUUGGUAUAUUGUGAACCAGUUGGUGUCCGAGCAUUGUGGGAUGAAUUCUAUCCAUGCAUGAUUGAAGAUUAUGCUUUCUCGAGUAACUUAAGUUGCAAUGUUGUUGUGAACAGACUUUUACGUGACUUAAACACACUUCUGGUACAGUUUAACAAGAAUAUCAAGGACUUUGAUUUGCCCCAAAUGACAACAGAAGUAGUUUCUGCAAUGCCUAGAUGUAUUGAAGACGAACUCUCACACGGUAUUUCACAAGAAGAUCUUCUUGCAAUUGAACGUCUUAAUGAUGACCAAAAGUCUGCAUUUAACAUAAUAAUGGACACAAUUGAACGAUGUCAGAAUUCAAUUUUUUUUGUGGAUGGUCCAGGUGGAACUGGAAAAACUUACUUAUACCGUGCAUUGUUAGCAAACAUGAGAAGGUUGGGCCAUAUAGUAUUAGCAACAGCAACAUCUGGAUUAGCAGCUACAAUAUUACCUGGUGGGAGAACGGCACAUUCUAGAUUCAAGAUACCACUUAGCCCAGAUUCAUCAUCUACAUGUUCAAUCAGUAAACAAUCUGAUUUGGCAAAGUUAAUACAAAAGGCAAAGGCAAUUAUUUGGGAUGAAGCAACGAUGGCACAUCGUCAUGCCUUUGAAGCACUGGAUCGAACUUUCAGAGACAUAAUUGAUGUUGACUUACCAUUUGGGGGGAAAACAAUGAUCUUUGGGGGAGAUUUUAGACAAGUACUUCCUGUUAUUCCUAAAGGAACAAAGUCAGAACUGAUCCAGGCCAGUGUGGUGAAAGCAUCAUUUUGGUCACAAGUAAAGAUUUUGAAACUUAGACAAAACAUGAGAUCCAGGAAUGAUCAACAAUUUUCACAAUUUUUACUUCGUGUUGGUGAUGGGGAAGAACCUAUUGUUGGAGAUGGUAUGAUAAGAGUACCUGAAUGCAUGGUAAUACCAUGGGAGAAUGAGUUAUCCAUCAAUGAAUUUAUUUAUCAAGUUUUCCCUAAUUUGGAGGAUCAUAUAAAUGAUGCAAGUUACAUGGUGGAAAGGGCAGUGAUAACUCCUACAAAGGAAGAUGUUGACAUGUUGAAUGAAAAGAUGAUGAAUAUGUUUCCAGGCGAAGAAGAGACAAUGUAUUCGUUUGAUUCAGUUGAGGAUGACACGAGGAAUGUGUAUCAGCCGGAAUUCUUGAACUCAAUUUACAUUGGUGGGUUGCCACCACAUAAGUUAACUUUGAAGAGAGGUGCUCCAAUCAUGCUUCUCAGAAAUAUUGACCCAAAAUUGGGAUUGUGCAAUGGAACAAGAUUAUUAUGUCGUGGGUCGUACCAAAAUCUCAUUGAUGCUGAAAUUCUAAUUGGACAAUCUAUUGGGACCAGGGUUUUUCUACCACGUAUCCCUCUAAAGACAACUGAGACUGCUGGGCUACCAUUUGAACUAACAAGAAAACAAUUUCCAGUGAAGUUGAGUUUUGCUCUCACUAUAAAUAAAUCUCAAGGUCAAACAAUACCACAUGUGGGUAUUUUUCUUCCAGAUCACGUUUUCAGUCAUGGGCAAUUAUAUGUGGGUUUAUCGAGGGGUGUUUCGAAGUUGACUACAAAAGUGUUAGUGAAAAAAGGGUCAAUAACCGGUCAAGAAGGCGUUUUCACUCGGAAUGUGGUGUACAAAGAAGUCCUACUUCAUUCGAACUAA